AUGGCUAACGACCCUGUUGUUGCUCAAUUAAGACCUGAUCAGGUCCAAGAGAUUACAACAGCUUUUAUGGAAUUUGAUGUUUCCCGAAAUGGUUUUAUUACUGCAGGAGAAAUGAAACAAUGUCUUCGUCAAGCCAAUAUUCAAUAUCAAGAUGCUGAAGUUGAUCGUGUUAUAUCUAAUAUGGAUUUGAAUCAUGAUGCCCAACCUUACCAACAACCUCCACCAGCAUCGAAUUAUCCUCCACCACAAGGUCAACAGUAUAGUCAACAGCCAUCCAAUUAUCCUCCGCGCAAUUAUUAA